CGCAUAAACCGAGGGGAUGUCCAGCUCGUCAUCGAACCAUUCCAACCAAGGGCGGGCCGCAGCCUCCUCCAGCAGGCAACCUACUAUCGAGGACGACAUCAGCGAUAAUGAAGAAACCCUGCUUUCGUCUGAUCCACUGGAGCAUUCUCUACCGGAGAGAAUCUCCUUCAAGCGCAAACAGAAAGCAACCGCGAGCUCUCCCUUCUCCAUCCCGCGAUUCCUCUCCUCUCCACUCUCAGGCAGUAGUCGGCAAAAUUCCCCAUUACCUAGGACUCCGGUAUCACGUCUAAGAGACCUUGAUACAGCCAAUGAGUCCACCGAGCGCAUAUUGAACUACCUAGAUGGGCCCGGGGAUGCUGGCGGGCAGGUCCAGGAUACGAAAGAUGCCACUGGAUUAGACUGGUAUGUCGAGGGCCCUGGUCGCCGUGUUGGGUACGACGAUCUCACAGCCAUCGACUGGAUAUUCGAGUACGCUAAGGAACGACAACGACUGCGCUUCCUAUAUUCGAACUCCCCCGGUAUACUCGGGUACAUCCGUCAGUUAGCAGACGCUAGUCAGAUAUGGCUUAUACUCAUAGCCGCUGGUAUAGCAAGUGGGGCUAUAGCUGCUUUCAUCGAUGUGGCUAGUGAUUGGUUAGGUGACCUGAAGACAGGCUAUUGCAGUAAUGUCAACGGAGAUGGGAAGUUCUAUCUGAACAAAGGGUUCUGCUGUUGGGGAUAUAAUGAACUCUCACAAUGUCAAGACUGGCAUAGUUGGAGUAGCGCUCUUGGUGUACACUCAGCUGGUGGAGGUUGGAUCGUCGAGUACAUAUUCUUCGUUAUUUUCUCGGUUCUUUUCGCUGUUUGCGCCAGUGUACUGGUCUUGAAUUUUGCUGUCUACUCUAAGCAUAGCGGUAUACCCGAAAUAAAGACGGUUCUAGGAGGCUUCGUCAUUAGGCGUUUUUUGGGAACUUGGACUUUGAUUGUCAAGUCUCUUGGUUUGUGUCUAGCUGUCGCAUCUGGUCUUUGGUUGGGCAAAGAGGGUCCCCUCGUACAUGUUGCCUGCUGCUGCGCCAAUCUUUUUAUGAAAUUAUUCAGUAACGUUAACAGUAAUGAAGCACGAAAGCGAGAAAUCUUGUCCGCCGCAGCAGCGGCAGGUAUAUCCGUGGCGUUUGGUUCUCCUAUUGGUGGUGUUUUAUUCAGUCUCGAGCAAUUGUCGUAUUACUUCCCGGAUAAGACUAUGUGGCAAAGCUUCGUUUGCGCUAUGGUGGCGGCCGUCACCCUUCAAGCCUUCAAUCCUUUCAGAUCUGGCAAGCUAGUCUUGUACCAAGUCACGUACCACUCCGGAUGGCACGGAUUUGAGAUGGUUCCUUUUGCCAUCCUGGGCAUCCUUGGAGGACUGUAUGGAGGCUUGUUCAUCAAGCUCAACAUGCGAAUUGCUGAAUGGCGAAAAACGAAUCCAAUAUUCAAAGGACCUAUCGUGGAAGUGGCAGUUGUCACACUGAUCACAGCACUCAUAAACUUCCCCAUCAAGUUUAUGCGCGCACAAGCUUCUGAGCUGGUCUAUUUCCUCUUCGCGGAGUGCGUAGAUCUUACAGAUGACACAUUAGGUCUUUGCAAGAGCGGAAAAGCAAAUACCGGAGUCGUCGCGCUCCUUCUCAUCUCUGCCCUGCUCGGUUUCGUACUAGCAAGCAUUACAUUCGGGCUCCAAAUACCUGCUGGCAUCAUUCUCCCAUCAAUGGCCAUCGGAGCUCUUUAUGGACGAGCUAUAGGUCUCAUUGUAGAGGUCUGGCAAGCAAAUCACCCCAACUUUAUCGCAUUCGCAUCAUGUGAACCUGACGUUCCUUGCGUUACGGCCGGCACUUACGCUAUUAUCGGUGCUGCGUCCGCCCUUGGAGGUGCAACUCGUAUGACUGUGUCUAUUGUCGUCAUUAUGUUCGAGCUCACGGGCGCUCUCACUUACGUCCUCCCCAUCAUGAUUGCAGUCAUGAUCAGCAAAUGGGUCGGCGACGCGAUAUCUCCAAGAGGGAUUUACGAGUCAUGGAUCCACCUCAAUGGCUAUCCUUUCCUGGACAAUCGGGAUGACAACAGCUCGUCAAUACCCGAUGUUCCUGCAUCUCAGGUCAUGACACGCAUCGAGGAUUUGAUGGUUAUCACGGCCACUGGCCACACUAUCCAGAGUCUGCGAAACCUAUUGAGCGCUCACGCCUUCCGCGGCUUCCCUGUCAUCGACAACCCUCGCGAUGCCAUUCUCCUGGGAUAUAUCUCCCGUACCGAGCUUUCAUUCGCACUAUCAACCGCUUUAUCUAAUAGUCGAAACCUCACGUCCGACACUGAAGCGUAUUUCUCCCACCAACCGCUUUCAGACCCUACGACAAGCCUCGAUCUCAGACCGUGGAUGGACCAUACACCUAUCACUCUCAAUGCGAAGGCGAGCUUCCAACUUACGGUCAGCAUGUUUCAGAAGCUGGGACUCCGCUACGUUCUCUUUGUGGAUCGGGGCACGCUGAAAGGCCUAUUGACUAAGAAGGAUGUGUGGUUCAUCCUGAACGGGGCGGACGAGAAAGGCGAAACGGGGGCUGGCCAGGGCGUGUUGAGGCAAGAAGGCGGCGCAGAAGAGAGAGGGCUAUUGGGGGAUGAGGCGGAUGGAGAGGGGAGUGAUGGUGGCCGAGAAGGACUAGGCUAAGCCAGUGACUUCCAAAUAUAUUGUUGAUAUUCUCUUAUCAACUGUGCCAAACUUGACGCUACCAAGCUACUUCGUAGUGUUUUUUCGCGUAAAGCCUCACGAAGCUACAGUACACAGGUUCUUAUGUUCUACAGUGCAUGGACAAAAGUCUGUGCACUCCCGCGCACCACUGUCUGAGGCCCUUUGAUGCACUAUGAAACACUAAAAUGAGAUGUAAAGGUCCAGACAACGCAAAUUAGCGUGGCGCCAAACGCUUGGACAUGUCAUGUUAAAAUCUUAGAACCAACGGCGAAAGAGAGUCCCC